AUGAUAGGCAGCACUGAACUGUUGUUUACCAUCUUCAUGGUGUUGAUAGUACUGGGAGGACUUUUGGGGUAUUUAUAUGGGCCCUACUGGGGAGUAAGAAGGGUACCUGGCCCUCCAACUCUCCCUCUGGUAGGACACAUUCCCUUGAUGGCAAAGUAUGGUCCUGAUAUAUUCUCAGUUCUUGCUAAAGAGUAUGGCCCUGUUUUCAGGUUUCAUAUCGGUAGACAACCACUCAUAAUUGUAGCAGAUGCAGAGCUUUGUAGGGAAGUUGGAAUAAAGAAAUUCAAAGACAUUAAAAACAGAAGCAUUCCACCUCCUCUUGCAGCUUCCCCUCUUCAUCAGAAGGGUCUCUUUUUAACCAGGGAUACGAGAUGGGUGACGAUGCGAAACACUAUAUUAUCAGUGUAUCAACCUUCACACUUAGCCAACCUUGUGCCUACAAUGCAGUCAUUUGUUGAAUGUGCAACUGAAAAACUUGGCUCCAUGGCGAAAGUAGAAGAAGAUAUUACCUUUUCCGCCAUCUCCCUUCGAUUGGCCACAGAUGUAAUAGGACAAGCUGCAUUUGGUGUCAACUUUGGCCUUUCUAAACCACAAUCCUUCGGCGAAUCAGUCAAAAAGAUUGAUGGCAAAGACAAUAAUGACGAUGAAAUCUCAGACUUUAUCAACCAACACAUAUAUUCCACAACACAGGUUAAGAUGGAUUUUUCGGGUUCCUUAUCCAUCAUACUAGGACUACUUGUCCCCAUACUUCAGUGGCCAUUUUGGCAGAUGUUGAAGAGAAUUCCUGGCACUAUGGACGGGAAAAUAGAACAUAAUAACAGGCAUUUGACUAGCCGGCUUGGUGCAGUUGUGGAAAAGAGAAUGAAAGACAGCAGACAAGGUUCAAAGGACUUCUUGUCAGUUAUACUGAAUGCAAGGGAGUCAGGGAGGCUUUCGAAGAAUGUUUUCACAACAGAUUACAUUAGUGCACUUGCUUAUGAGCAUCUCCUUGCCGGGUCGGCCACCACGGCAUUCACUUUGUCUUCAGCUGUCUACUUGGUUGCUGGACAUCCAGAAGUAGAAAAAAAGUUGCUGGCAGAGAUCGAUGGAUUUGGACCGCCUGAUCAGAUGCCAACUGCAAGUGAUCUUCAACACAAAUUUCCUUAUCUUGAUCAGGUUAUUAAAGAGGCAAUGAGGUUUUACAUGGUUUCCCCAUUAGUUGCUAGAGAAACAUCUCGAGAAGUCGAAAUAGGCGGUUAUCUUUUACCAAAGGGGACUUGGGUUUGGUUAGCCCUCGGAGUUUUAGCGAAAGAUCAAAAGAACUUCCCAGAGCCAGAAAAGUUCAGGCCAGAGAGGUUUGAUCCAAGCUGCAAAGAAGAGAAACAAAGGCAUCCUUAUGCUUUUAUACCGUUUGGACUUGGGCCUCGAUCCUGCAUCGGUCAGAAAUUUGCCAUACAAGAAAUAAAGCUUGCACUGAUUCACUUAUACCGGAAGUAUGUGUUCCGGCACUCUCCAUAUAUGGAGUCACCUCUGGAGCUUGAGUUUGGCAUUGUUCUCAAGUUCAAGAAUGGUAUCAAGCUUCAGGUCAUAAAGCGGAAAUGAUGCAACAUGUCCUUCCACGUGCCUGAUCAGACCUUACUCAUCAUUUGCUUAAGAAGGCAACUGAAGAUUAGUAACUUUUAACUUAUAUGAAAAUGUAUUAGACGUCUUCGCUGUAGAUUUUGUGAAAUAAAUC